CCCACAACAACACGCAUUCAGUCAAUACAGACCAAACUUUUAACUCAAAAAAAAAACUCGCAACAUGUUCAAGUUGGUGGUAUUGUCUGCUCUGCUCGCCGUAGCUGCUGCCCGUCCCGGUCAUCUGUACGAAUCGCCUGUGGUAUAUGCCGCCUCCGCUCCGGCCGCCACAAUUGUCCAGGAGCACGCUCUGGCCAAGGUUGGCGCCAUCGUGAAGAGUGUGCCCACAUCUGUCUCCCAUCAGAGCCAUUCGGUGGUGCACAGCUCCGCUCAUGUUGUCGAGGAUGUGGUUGCGCCCGUGGUCAAAUCGACGCCCGUCGUUAGCUAUUCGGCUGCUGCGCCAGUGUUGCACAGCACCUAUGCUGCUGCCGCGCCAGUGUUGCACAGCACCUAUGCUGCUGCCGCGCCAGUGUUGCACAGCACCUAUGCUGCUGCUGCGCCAGUGUUGCACAGCAGCUAUGCUCAAAUUGCCGCUGCCUCGCCGCUGACCUACACCGCGACAGGAGUGUGGUAAAGGAAACCAUCCGCAGGACUCAACCGAUGCGCAGUGGGACGUGCAUUUCGUUGGACGGCUUUGUGAUACGAAUUUGAAUAAAUAAAUACAUUUUGCUUCGAAUAUCGAUCGAGUAUUAACUCAUUUUUUUCGCUUGCCCGUGUCCUUGU